AUGGCUUACCUUAGGAGAGCGGAUUUGGACGGAGAUGGCAGGAUCAGCGGAGCUGAGGCCGUCGCUUCCUUUCAGGGCGCCAAUUUUCCCAAACUAGUUCUUGCUCAGGUGCAAAAGGGAGAUGUCACAACAAAAUCGAUGAGAAGAAAAGCUCCGGCACAUAGGAAAAAGUUUCCAAGCACAAGAGUAAAGAGACAAAAGCAGAAAAAAGUGGAACAAGAAAGGGAAGAAGAGGAGGAUGAAGAAGAGGAGGAAGAAGAUGAGAAGGAACAAGACAAGGGAGAAGAGGACAAUGACGUAGAGGAGGAGGAAGAAGAAGAUAACAAUGGAGCAAGAAACAAAGGCAAAGACCAGAAACAAUCAUAUUGCCAAUACAAGUGCAAUAUGAUUAUGAGUGCAGUAGCAGGAUUGGACAAGUGCAGUACCAGGAUUAGGCAAUGUCGAGUGCAGUAG